AUGGACGUUGCUCCCGCUACAGAUUUCGACUUCAGUUUCCCAUCACACGCUGACACUUGCUACACAAGUGCCCCCUCCAGCCCCACACGACUCACGGAGUUAUAUCACGGGUUUGACGAGUUGUUGAUGGCCACCGAUGCUAACCACAGUGGUUCUCUAGCCACCAUCCCGUUUGCAUGGGAGGAGAAACCCGGAGUACCCAAAACACCCUCCAACUUACCCGAAGACGAUUUUACAUUUGAUGUAAGUUGUCAUUUUGAUAGUGAGAGAGAAAGAGGCAGAGAGAGAGGGUUUUCAAAUUCUUCAAGAAGCAGGAGAACGAGAUCGUUGUCCCCGCUUGGAACCUCUUAUCAGCGGCGACAACAAGUGGCGCCUUCAUCUCCUGCGCCUUCAUCAAAUAACGGGUCUAGAAAAUGGAGUUUGAUGGAUCUUUUGUUGUUUAGAAGUGCUUCGGAUGGUCGAGCAAUGGACAGAGACCCGUUGAAGAAAUACUCUACCAAUUUUAGAAAGUAUGAUCAAGAUAUCAGGAACCCUGGAUCAGUGUCGAAGCCAAGGGGACGAGUAUCAGCUCACGAGCUACAUUACAAUGUGAACCGGGAGGUUUCGAAUGACAUGAAGAAGAAAACAUAUUUGCCAUACAAGCAAGUGAAUCUGUUCAACAGAGAGAAAGAGGAAGAGAGAGAGGGUUUUCAAAUUCUUCAAGAAGUAGGAGAACGAGAUUGUUGUCGCCACUUGGAAGUUCCCAUCAAUGGCGGCAACAAGUGGCGCCUUCGUCUCCUGCACCUUCAUCAGAAAAAAAACAAGUCAAGAAAGUGGAGUUUGUUGGAUAUUUUGUUGUUCAGAAGUGCUUCGGAUGGUCGAGCAAUGGAUAAAGAUCCUUUGAAGAAAUACUCUACCAAUUUUAGAAAAUAUGAUCAAGACAUCAGGAACCCCGGAUCAGUGUCGAAGCGAAGGGGGCGAGUUUCGGCUCACGAGUUGCAUUACAAUGUGAACCGGGCGGUUUCGAAUGACAUGAAGAAGAAAACAUAUUUGCCGUAUAAGCAAGUUAUUCUUGGAAGAUUCUCAUUCAACCCAUAA